CGGGUGACACUCUCCGGACAGCGGCGGCGCGGAGGGACAGCCCGGGGCGGCUCAGCCUGGCCCGGACCGGAGGAACCGGCACGGCCCCGGCUGGAGAGACAGCGGGGGAGAGCGCAGGGAAAACUUGUAUCUAUUUGUGCUGACCCCAGAACACUGAGUGAAGCAUCAUGAGCAGCCAUCAGACAGUAAAAAUCUUCAAGAAGUCUGCUAUUCCAGGAGUUGUUAUCACUCAGUUUGUGAAUGAUGUUCCACAAGGAUGCAGUGCACCUGAUUUUGAGAAGAAACCACUCACUCUGACACUGCAGGAAGGUAAAAAUGCCAUUUUCAGAGCUGUGGUCAAAGGUGUCCCAGCUCCUGAGGUGAAAUGGUCCCGUACACGGAAAGGAAUGGAUGAUCCUGCCAAGUAUGAAAUGUCCUUCAACAGUGCUACAAAUGAAUUCAUUCUGCAGAUCAGGAGCCUGGUUCUGGAUGACAGUGAUUUGUAUCGCUGCUGUGCCACCAAUGCCUACGGAGAGGCCUCGUGCUGUGCUGGCCUCAGGAUCAUCCAAGUUGGCUUUAAGAGGAAGGCGAAAUAUGUUCCUGUUCAUGCUGCUGAUGAGCUCAAGAAGACACUCCUGGACUCCAAGAAGCUGCUGAGGAAGAGGGUUGUAGCACCAAAACCAAAGCCCCUGGACAAAGAAGCUGUGUGGCAACUGUUGCUGCAUGCAGAUAAGAGAGAUUAUGAGAAAAUCUGUAUGAAAUAUGGAAUUGUUGACUUCCGUGGGAUGCUGAAGAAGCUGCAGGAGAUGAGGAAGGACACAGAGACUGAACAAGACAAGUUAAUUCACAGUCUUAAAAACUUUGAACACAUCAAAGUCAACAAGGAGGGAAAUGCUAUGUUCAGCCUGGAGAUGGAGCUGAAAAACAGCAACAGCAACGUUUACCUGCUCAAGGACGGCGAGCGGCUGCGGUACGGGACAGGGGACGAGUACAGGAAGCACUGCCUGAGGAGAGUGGGCAGGCGGUACUACUUCACUGUCAACGACGUGCAGCCGGAGGACGCGGGCGUCUACCAGGUCAGGGUGGAGGACGUCCCUGUCUUCUCAACUGAGCUGGAUGCUCAAGCCAUCCCGGCGCGGUUCCGGCAGCCGCUGGCGGACGUGCGCUGCGCCGAGGCCGGGGACGCCGAGUUCCAGUGCGUGCUGUGCUCGCCCUGCCACCAGCCCCUGUGGCUGCACCGGAGCCACCCCCUGCAGGCCAGCGACAAGCACCAGAUGUCCGUGACACCCGACGGCCUGAGGCACCGGCUGCUGGUCAGGAACGUGGGGCCCGCGGACAGCGGGCUGUACACGCUGGACGCGGGGCAGGGCUCGUCCAGCGCCUGGCUCCUCGUGGAGUAUGCCAAAGGAAAGAGGAGACAGGAUGAAGGAGAAAAGAUUGAAAGGGAGACAUCUGAGUGGCUGAAAGAAACCAUGGCAGACAACGAAAGGGCGAGGAAACUUCGGCGCCAAGAACAAGCUGCUGCUGAAAAGCGCCCUUCCUUUUCCACAUCCUCUGGUGUGGAGAAAAGUGGCUGGUACAGAACUGGUCAAGGCAGCAGUCAAAGCAGGGGCCAGGGACACUCCAUUGAUUCUGAUGAUGGAAGCCAAAGAUUUUUGGGAAAAGAAGGGCUACGCAAAACCCACAUAAAUGGAGAGGUGGGGUCUGGGCAGUUUUCUGGAGCAGGUCUAGAUGGAGAUUCAGCAGCCACUGAUGGCAGCAUCUUUGGGCUAAAAGGCUUAGAAGGCAGAAGUAGGUUAAGGGCUGUCCAUAGCAUGGACCCUGUGUCAGGCAGAGCGGGUCCUGGUGGGGCAGUAGGAGGGGCAGGUGAAUGGAAUUCUGUGGAUGGCAGAGGUGAGGGUGUGCUGGGUGCUGCUAACAUUGACAUGGAUGAUGGAGAAGGCUUGGCCUCUCAGCAUGACAAGGAUGGGAAUUUAGGUGAUGCCAGUUACAGGGCUGGUUUUGGGGUUGCUGGGAAGUUGGGUGCUGGAAGUUCUGUGCCAGAUGGGCUUGAUCCUGAUUUAGCUGGAGUGGGAGCCAGUGUGGGUGGUCUGUUCAGCAGGACUGGUCCAGAAGCUGGAGCUGGGGGGAAUGCUGCAAGUGCUGGAAUGGCAGGAAGAAUGAGGUCCCACCACAGCAAGGAUGGGCAUCCCACUGUGGAUGAUAUGAACGGGGCAGGUAUAAACAGAGAGGGACAAACAGGGACUCCCUAUGGCAAGGAUGGCCUGACACCUCAUGCCAGUGGUCAGUUAGGGCAGACAGGAAGAUCUGGCUCACUGUAUGGGCCAGGAGGCCUUCCAGGUGGAGAUGGGGCUAUACCUGGUGCUGGUGGCAAUUCCACAGGAGAAAUGGAGGCUUUGUAUGGUCCAGAUGGUCAGGCACUGGGAGCAGGUGCUGGUGGUGCUGGUGCAGGGGGAUUUGGAUCUCCCUAUGGAAAGGAUGGUCUCCCAGGUGUUGGGGGUACUGGAGCAGGGGGAUUUGGAUCUGCCUAUGGAAAGGAUGGGGGAUUCAGAGCUCCCUAUGGAAAGGAUGGUCUCCCAGCUGGGGCUGGUUUUGGUGGUGCUGGUGCAGGGGGAUUUGGAUCUCCCUAUGGAAAGGAUGGUCUCCCAGCUGGGGCUGGUGGUGCUGCAGGUGUUGGCGGUAGUGCUGGUGCAGGAGGAUUUGGCUCUCCAUAUGGAAAGGAUGGUCUCCCAGCUGGGGCUGGUUUUGGUGGUGCUGGUGCAGGGGGAUUUGGAUCCCCAAAUGGAAAGGAUGGUUUUCCCAUUGGAGCAGGUGUUGGUGGGGCUGGUGGUGCAGGGGGACUUCGGCCACUUGAAGCAGGUGCUGGGGGUGGUGUUGGUGCAGAGGGAUAUGGAGUUCCCUAUGGAAAGGAUGGUCUCCCAGCUGGGGCUGGUUUUGGUGGUGCUGGUGCAGGAGGAUAUGGAGUUCCCUAUGGAAAGGAUGGUCUCCCAGUUGGGGCUGGUGCUGGUGGGGCUAGUGCAGGGGGACUUGGUUCUCCCUAUGGAAAGGAUGGUCUCCCAGCUGGGGCUGGUUUUGGUGGUGCUCCAGGUUGUGGUUUUGGAGCUGCUGGAUCUCCUUAUGGAAAGGAUGGUCUGCCAGCUGGAGCACAUGCUGAUGGUGCAGGAGGAUUUGGAGAGGCUUUAUAUGAUGGUCAGCCACUUGGAGCAGGUGUUGGCGGUAGUGCUGGUGGUGCUGUUUCUGCAAGUGCCGGGGGAAAUGUAGCUCUCUAUGGAAAGGAUGGUCUCCCACUUGGAGCAGGUGUUAGUGGUGCAGGGGGCGUUGGGGGUCCCUAUGGAAAGAAUGGUCUGCAAGUGGGAGCUGGUGUAAGUGGCUCAGGGGGGGUUGGUAGUCCCUAUGGAAAGGAUGGUCUACCAGUUGAAGCAGGUGCUGGUGGUGCAGGUGGAGUUGGGGGUCCCUAUGGAAAGGAUGGUCUCCCAGCUGCAGCAGGUGCAGGGGGCAUUGGGGGUCCCUAUGUAAAGGAUGGUCUCCCAGCUGCAGCAGGUGCAGGGGGCGUUGGGGGUCCCUAUGGAAAGAAUGGUCUGCAAGUGGGAGCUGGUGUAAGUGGCUCAGGGGGGGUUGGUAGUCCCUAUGGAAAGGAUGGUCUACCAGUUGAAGCAGGUGCUGGUGGUGCAGGUGGAGUUGGGGGUCCCUAUGGAAAGGAUGGUCUCCCAGCUGCAGCAGGUGCAGGGGCUGCUCGUUUCCCUGUUGGAGGUGAGGAAGCAAUGGGAUCUGGCCGUGGCAUGGAUGCCACACUGAGCAGAGCUCCAGGAUAUGCAGGAGGAGAGGGCUUCCUUGGGGAAGGCUCUGCACUGUGGGGUGCAGGGUCUCCCUAUGGCAAGGACAGAGGGUCAGCUGUAGGCAUGGCUGGUACAGGUGGGGUUGGGAGGCUGGGAGGGGAUGUUUGGGACUCAGUCAGUGGUAAAGGAGGUGUGGGAGAUGCUGGUGGGCCAGGUGGUGAAUAUGGGCUGGAUGCACAUCUUGGCAGAUCUUCGAGAGGCUCUGCCAGUGACGUCAGAGGGCCAGGGAACAAAGGUUCAGCUGGUGACAGAGGGUCUCUGUCAGGUCCAGGAGGAGCCAGGGCAGAGGACAGAGAUUUCAGACAGUUGGGCUCCCUUUAUGGCACAAAUUCUGCCUUUGGAGGGGCAGGGAGUAAAUCCCACGACAGAUCUGUUGAUGGGAGUAGUUUGGGUGGAUUUGGUCAAGGUCCACUGAGUUAUGGCCAGAUGUCAGGUCCUGGUAGUGAACCUCCUUCAGCAAACCAGAGAAACCAGGAACCUGACCUGGAUCUUAAAGCAAAUGAUUCCCUGAACAAGACAGAAAGCGCAGGAAAAAAGAGACGGAGUGUCCUGGACGAUAUCAAAGUCCCACGCUGUUACCUCAACAAGCAGCUGGCAACCGUGCGAGUGCUGAAGGGGGAGCCAGCUGAGCUGUCCUGCACUGUCAGCAAGGACAACGUGACAGCAACCUGGUUUAAGGAUGGCCUGAAGUUAACAAGCAUGGAUGGAGUCGUCUUUGAAAAGAAAGGUCUUGUCCACAAACUGAUCAUUAACAAAGCAGAUGAUAUUCAUGCUGGGAAAUACAGGUUUGAAGGUGGAGAUGUGAAAACUGAAGCUUCAAUUUUUGUAGAAGAUCCUCCCCAGGUGGACAAAGUCCUCCUCAAGAACCUGACCAGUGUCCCCACCGUGGCCAAGGCUGGGGAGGGUGUGAAGCUGCGGAUCCCGUUUGAGGGUCGGGGGCCCAUCAGGGCAGCGUGGCUGAAGGACAGGAUGGAGCUGGGGGAUGACACCAGGGUCCGUGUGGACAAGACAGACACCUGCACCACGCUGUCCAUCUCCUCCUGCGACAGGAGGGACUGUGGGGAUUACAAAGUCAGGCUCAAGAACGACAGUGGUGUCCUGGAGAUCAACCUAAAGCUCAUGGUGAUAGACAAGCCACAGCCCCCAGCAGGACCCAUCAAAAUUGUAGAAAGGUCUGCCAACAACAUCACCAUCCAGUGGAAGCCCCCAAAGGACGAUGGGGGCAAACCAGUGCAAAGGUACCUCGUGGAGAGGCAGCAGGUGGGCAGGAACGACUGGGAGACUUUGGGAGAAACCCCCAGGAGCUGCACCAGCUUCACCACGAGCAAAGUGGAGGAAGAGAUGAGCUACUACUUCAGGGUGAGGGCUGUGAAUGCUGAGGGAGUGAGCGAUGCGCUGGAGUCAGAGGAAGUGAAGGCUGCUGGUAAAGCUUCCCCUGGUGCCCCCGAUCCCCCUGAGAUCAUCAGUACCAGCAAGGACACCAUCACCAUAUCCUGGAAAGCUCCUUGUAAAUCCGGUGCUUCCCAAAUUAUGGGAUACAUUGUUCAGAAACGCAAGAAGGGCACUGUGACCUGGCUGCCAGUCACCAACGUGCCUGUCAAAGACAAGAAGCUGAAGGUGCCCGGCCUCAAGAAAGGUGUGCAGUACGAGUUCCGUGUGGCAGCUGUCAAUGCUGCUGGCACAGGACAGCCCAGUGGCCCCUCCGAGCCCGCCUUUGCCCGGGACCCCACCAAAUCUCCAGGCCAAGUGCAGGGCCUUAAAGUGAGCAGCAGCGACAGCACCAGUGUCACCUUGACAUGGAACAAACCUGAAGUACAAGAUGGGAAUGACGUGAAAGGCUAUGAGGUGGAGAUGAGGCCCUGUAACAGCCUCACCUGGACCAAGUGCUUCACCCUCCCUGCAGAGAGCACCUCGUGCAGGGUCCAGGGCCUGCAGGCCAGGGAGAAGCUGUUCCUGCGCGUCAGGGCCCUCAGCGACGGCGGCCCCGGGGAGCCCUUGGAGCUGGAGGCUUGUGCUGGAGCUGCUGCUCCUGUGGUCUCUCCCAGGUUGCUGAUAGAUGACACAGUGAAAAGCUUCCUGGUUAUAAAAGCAGGGAAUCCCAUCCGGGUGAAGAUUCCCUUUGAGGGAUCUCCCGAGCCCGUGGUGAGCUGGUUAAAGGAUGGACUGCCCCUUCCCAGCCAGGCUGUGGUGAGCACCGAGGAUGGGAGCACCCAGCUGCUGCUCAGGGCAGCCCAGUUCAGUGACAGCGGCACCUACACCGUGCAGCUUGGGGACGAGCUGGGGAAAAGGGAAACCUUCAGCUUCCAGGUUCAAAUUGCAGAUAUCCCUCAGCCCCCUGGAGCCAUCCGGCUGGAGGAGAAUGUUCCCAGCACAGUCACAGUGACCUGGGACCCCUCAGCAUCCGAGCAGUGGGACAAGAACCUGUAUUACACAGUCCUGAAACGGGAAUCCCAGAAGGGUCUGUGGCACGUGCUGGGGGACCUGAUCUACAACAACAAGUUCACCUUCACCAGGGUGGUCCCAGGCAGGGAUUAUUACUUCAGGGUUGUGGCAAAAAAUGACCUGGGAGCCAGUGAUCCAUCAGAUACUGUACAGCCCUGGAGGAUCUGGAAAAAAAAGGCUGAAUUUCAAGUGAAAGCACAGAAAUACAGGGGAGUUAACCAGAACCAGCCCCCGAGGUUCCUGGUGCCACUUAGGUCCCACGUGGUGGUGACGGGCAGCGAGUGUCACAUGAGCUGCGCCGUUGGAGGCCAUCCCCCCCCCAAAAUCUCAUGGUACAAGGACAGCAGGGACCUCUCCAGAGAUCCCAACUACUUCUGCACCAACGACUUCGGCGUGUGCUCCCUGGUGGUGCUGGGGGUCACCAAGCAGGAUGAGGGGGAGUACAUGGUGGAAGCCAGCAAUGAAGUGGGGCGUGCCUACAGCAAAGCCUUCCUCGCCAUCAAAGACUCCUCCCUGUAGCGUGGCUCUGCUGAGAACAUCCCUGCAUGGCUCCAAGGAUGAGAAGGUUUUGGUGAGGACUCAUCCAUAUGAAGGCUGUGCAUUUAUUGUCAGAUGUUCUUCACAGUCUGAGGGUGUUAUUUUUCAGAUUCAAUAAUUGCACUUUGAACAUAGUGCUGCAUUGUCAUCAAUACUGGGGGGGAAAAAGCUUUAAAAGCACUGUAUUUUUAUUUUUUUUAAUGAUCAGGCUUUCCAUGAGACCUUUAAAACACAGCUUAGAAGCUUCAGGAACACAGAAGAUGAGAGGAAAAAUAAUUGGUCAAAAUGAAAUUUUCUACGGAGAACACAGUUGGGAGAGACCAUCCUGCCACACCACUCAUCUGCAACAAGGACAUUUCUGGACAUCAGGAAUCUCUGGUCCUUUCACUAUGCUUUUUCAAGCCAAAACAAUCACUUUGGAUUCCAUGUGAUUCUCUGCAGGUUUCUCAGAUCCAGCAGAAGCUGUUCUGCAUGUGUUCUACUACCAGUAGCAGUGAAGUAGAUUAUCUCCCCUAACCCCUAAGUUAAAAAGAGCAUCUGCUUGCUCAGUUUGCCUGGGCAGGAGAUGGAAUCUCAGACCAGCUUGGCAUGGGGUAGGUGAAACUCCCAGUGCAGAUGCACUGGUGGGAAGGACUGGAAGUCUACAACCAGUGUGUGAGCAGAGCAACUCCCAAAACGCACAGCACGUGCUGUACAAAGGCUGUGCCGGUCCUGAAGCGCCCCCACCCGUGCAUCCCAACUGCCCCUUGUCGUGGCACUGCUGGGAGCCUUUUGCCUUGUGCAGAAGAUGAAAAAUCCUUCCUGGCUGACCAGAAAUACGAGAGACCCCCAGGGCCCCCCUGCCACGGCCAGGGGUUCCCAUCAUUGGGCCUGGAUGGCAAAAUGUUCUGGUGGCUGUGGGAGAGGGUCGCAGCCCAAGCACGCAGGGUACUUAGUGACAGGAGAGAGCAGAGCCAAACACAGCUGUGGGGCUGGAAGAUUCCUUGGGAUUACAUUUUGUUCAGUGCUGUACAGAUGUAGCAGCAGUAGAUGAAGAGAUUAAACCACAAUCCA